CACAAGUCUCCUUCUAGCAAGACCAAAAAGAGCGGAAAUGGCACUCCGCCGCAACCGGAGGGGAGUGGAUGGAGAUAUCUGGGCGUGAGGCGGCGGCCGUGGGGGCGGUACGCGGCUGAGAUAAGAGACCCCACCACCAAAGAGCGCCACUGGCUCGGCACGUUCAACACCGCCGAGGAGGCCGCCUUGGCAUACGACCGUGCGGCCCGCUCCAUGCGCGGCGGGAAAUCAAGAGUCCGAACAAACUUCGUCUACUCCGACAUGCCUUCCUCCUCCGCCGUCACCUCCAUCAUCUCUCCCGACGAGCAGCAUUACAAUAAUGCUCUGUUUUAUGUUUCUUGGGAGAACAGAGAGCCGAAACAGAGCCUUUACCCGUUCACCGCCGGUGAAGACACUUGCACCGAUCAGUUGUUGUUGUUCGGCGGUGAUCGGAGCGACGCCGGUCCGCCGGAAGUGGGCAGCCUAAACGGAACCGGCUGGGACUUGUUUCAGCAUUACUACUACUGCGGUAAUUACAGCAACCGUGACUGUGUUGAACAGGGCAAGGCUACGGCGGAGGAGGCCGAGCUGCCACCGCUGCCGCCUGACAUCACCACCAGCUUCGGGGGCGGUUACUUCAGCAGCGGCGCUACGGGAGAACAGAGUUUCGGCCAAGCUACUAGCAGCAAUGACAAUGUGGCAUACGCCGCCGUCAUUGAGGGCGGCGAAGGCGGCUCCACCGGAUGGGACUAUUUAGGGUACGGUUGCAGUGGAGGCGGAGCAAUUUUGACACCGCCGCGAGAAACAGAGCUCCGGCUGGACUUUGGGUCACCGGAAUAUAACGCAAUCAACUUCAUCACGAAGGAUUCUUACGCUUUUUCAAAUGGCGGCUGUUAUUGGGUCUAAUUCCCGCCUAAAUUGGCAUUAUAAUUUGCAUUUUUAGUUUCUCUCGUCUUUUUCUCCAUUGUUUUCAAGCUUCUCUAACGGCUAGAGAAUUUCUU